GACUCCGUUAUUUAUAAAACAGUCGAGAAAUCAAACGGAGGGUGAAAAAGUGGGGCCAAUGGCUACGAGCAAGAAGUUAGCCUUAACCAGUAACAGCAAACAUAAUGAGGUCAUCCUCAAACAGAGAGUUAAAGAGCUGGAAGAUGAAGUAUCAAGUCUAAGAAAACGGUUAGAUGAUCUAAGAAAAGCAAAAAAUACAACAGUCCUGAAGAGGGAGAGAGAGAUACUAGAAGUGGGCACACCCUUUAGUAAACGGGAGGCUACAGUAAAGGCGGCACCAGCACCAGCUCCAAAUAUUCCAGUAAACAAUCAUGAUGCUGAAAUAGAAGAACUCCGGAAAAAAUUUGCUGCCGAGAUUGAACUGUUGAAAAAACAGGAAACUUCAUGUGACCAUGAAGCUGAGAUUGAAGCUUUACGGAGACAGGUCUGUAGCUUAGAGGCAGACAAUGCAGCAUUAAUGAUAGAAAAUACAGAUCUGAAGGAUAGAGUUACCUCCCUUGUCAUAGAUCUCAGUGUCAAGGAGGCCAAGUGGUGUGAAAUGGAGGAGAAACUCAAGAUACAGAUUAACAGAGCAUGGGGUGAAAAAUACAAAGAGUGGAUGGAAAGAACAGAGGCAAAGAUUGCAGAUCUUCAGCAAACGAACACAUUACUGCGGGGCUAUCUGAAAAGUCAUAAGCCAGGAGGUCGUGACCCCACUGGACAAGACCCAGAUGUAUGACUGUCAUUGUUUUUAUGGUGCUUCAAAAAUGUUUCCUUUUUCACAUUACAACUCUAAAAUGUUAAUCUGUGUACAGUAAACUGUUUCUAUAUUGCAUUCAGAUUUUCAGUGGAAAUUUUACAUAUUAAAAGGUAUUUUGUGAAUGGAAAAUUCCUUAAUUUUUAAAGAAAAUCCCUCACCCUGUUAAUCAGAAAUAAUUUUCUUUUAAGUGAGCUGUGAGUGUGAAAUUGUUUUAUUAUCUAAACCUGACAUCAUAAUAGGUUAUAUCACACUAUGUAUAAUACUGCAUGUGUAUAUACAGUGACUAAUAGCCAAUGAUGUGAUAUAGGAUACUAUCUCAGAAGGUAAAAAUAUAAGUUAUGUUUCAUAUUUUAUGGAAGGGCUUGCCACAGGACAACAAUAUAGUGUUUGUCUACAUAUAUAUAUAUCAAUUGGCUUUAUAUAAAUACAUGUGGCCCAUAAACUUC